AUGAGAGUCCACCGAGACCUCGGCUGGUUGGCGGAGGCCACCGGACGCCCAGGGCGGCGGGCGAGGAGCGCGAUGCUGGACGCCAUGGAGGUGCCGAGCCACUCGCGGCAGCUGCUGCUGCAGCUGAACACGCAGCGCACCAAGGGCUUCCUGUGCGACGUGAUCAUCGUGGUGCAGAACGCGCUCUUCCGCGCGCACAAGAACAUCCUGGCGGCCAGCAGCGCCUACCUCAAGUCGCUGGUGGUGCACGACAACCUGCUCAACCUGGACCAUGAGAUGGUGAGCCCCGGCAUCUUCCGCCUCAUCCUCGACUUCAUCUACACCGGCCGCCUGGCCGAGUGCGAGCCGGGCGGCGAGCAGAGCCUGGGCGCCGUACUGGCCGCCGCCAGCUACCUCCAGAUCCCCGGCCUGGUGGCGCUUUGCAAGAAGAAGCUGAAGCGCAGCGGCAAGUACUGCCACCUGCGCGGGGGCUACGCGCCCUACAAGCUGGGCCGGGGGCUGCGUGCCGCCACGCCGGUCAUCCAGGCCUGCUACUCGGGGACGCCGCGGCCCGUGGACCUGCCGCCCGUGGAGCCGGCGACGCCGCUCAACACGCAGUGCGGGGAGCUCUACGCCUCGGCCUCGCAGGGCACCCCCCUGCACCCCCACGGGCUGUGCCCGCCCGAGCGCCACUGCUCGCCGCCCUGCGGCCUCGACCUCUCCAAGAAGAGCCCCACUGGCCCCUCCGCCCAGCUCCUGCCCACCGACCGCCUGCUGCCCGGCGAGCCCCGUGAGCCCUCGCUGCCCCCGCGGCACGACAGCCCCCCGGUCAGCGCCGGCCUCCUGGCCGGCCACCCCGCCUCCUACAAGGACUCCCCGCCGGGCGGAGAGCCGGGGGGGCACCCCCACGCCUCCGACCCCUUCCGCAGCACGCCGCCCUGCGCCGAGCCCCCCCUGCCCCGCGGCGAUGGGCGCGAGCUGAUGUACCGCUGGAUGAAGCAUGAGCCCCUGGGCCCCUACCUGGACGAGGGGGAGGCGGAGAAGGAGCUGGAGCGGGAGGAAAAGGCCGAGUCGCCGCCCGCGGCGCCGCAGCCCCGGUACCCCAGCGUGGAGAGCAACGACCUGGAGCCCGAUAACAGCACGAGCGAGGACACGGGCAGCAGCGAGGGGCCCUCGCCCGGCGACGCGCUGGACCGCUACUGCAACCACCUGGGCUAUGAGCCGGAGAGCCUGGGCGACAACCUGUACGUCUGCAUCCCCUGCGGCAAGGGCUUCCCCAGCUCCGAGCAGCUCAACGCCCACGUGGAGGCCCACAACGAAGAGGAGCUGUAUCACAAGGCGGCGGCGGAGCAGGCCGUGCCCUUCCUGGACAAGGGUGGCCCGGGGCUGGGCGACAUCCUGCGGCCCUACCGCUGCUCGUCCUGCGACAAGUCCUACAAGGACCCGGCCACGCUGCGGCAGCACGAGAAGACGCACUGGCUGACGCGGCCGUACCCCUGCACCAUCUGCGGCAAGAAGUUCACGCAGCGCGGCACCAUGACCCGCCACAUGCGCAGCCACCUUGGCCUCAAGCCCUUUGCCUGCGACGCCUGCGGGAUGCGCUUCACGCGCCAGUACCGCCUGACCGAGCACAUGCGCAUCCACUCGGGCGAGAAGCCCUACGAGUGCCAGGUGUGCGGCGGGAAGUUCGCGCAGCAGCGCAACCUCAUCAGCCACAUGAAGAUGCACGCGGCCGGCCCCGAUGGCAAAGCCAAGCUGGACUUCCCCGACAGCGUCUACGCCAUGGCCCGGCUCACCGCCGACCAGCUGGGGCUCAAGCAGGAGAAGGCGGCCGAGCUGCUCUCCCACACCUCGCACUUCCUCAGCGACCCCAAGGCCAUGGAGAGCCUCUACCCGUUGGCCAAGUUCACGGCCGAGCACCUGGGGCUGAGCCAGGACAAGGCGGCCGAGGUGCUGGCGCAGGCUCCGCACCUCCACGCCGAUGCCGCCCGGACCAUAGAGCGCUAUUCGCCCCCCUAG